GGGAAAUCGUCAACCACUACGAAGUGGGAUGCUAUUCUGAGAGGGGAAGGGAGCGGGGCCUCGAGUGGCCGCCGCCUAUCUCACGCUACCACCAGUACAUCGCGUGAAGAGGUACUGGUCUCGGAUCCUGCAGUGACACGGACGCCAAGCAUCGAGCUUGACGUACGGGCCUCACGUCGAACAUCAAGGCAGGUACUACCUGUACCACGAGUGUCGAGCGAUCGACUCGACGUGCAGCAUACUAGUGAUCAUCGCAGCCACGACAUCACCUUGGAAGCCAGUACCUCGCGCCGCGAAGUACUGGGAUUGAACCGAGUACCGACUGCACGGGGUCACCCAGUGACUGUCGAUGUGAGUCAAUGGCCCAUGGAUAAGGCGUCGCGCGAGGAGUGCUUCACACUCCUUGCAGACCAACUCGACUUCGACCUCGAUGAGGCUGAUUUUGCGGCGAGUGUUGGCGAGUGGGACAUUUGGGCUCACUGCAAGAGGUCAGCACUUAGCUGUGGGCAUGCAAUCGAGGAGAUGUCCCCGCGACUGGGGACAUAUUCUUGUGCAGCUCGUCGAGCAUGGGACCACUUCCAGAGGGAGUUGGAAGUGGUUCCUCUCGAGUUCGAUCCUCUGCUGGUUGCACCAUUACCUAUGGAGAUGGUGCGAUAUUGGGCCUACAACAAGCUGGGAUGGCUUGUUGUACCACCUCGCAGUCAACCUCAGGAUGACUCCGACUGGUACAACUCCUCUGAUGAGGAGCCUCGUACCACAACUCGUGAGGAUUACUCUGACCAUGUUGAGUCAGAGUCUCUCUCCGAGUCCGAGCAUCAUAGCUCGUGGGAUUCUUCGAAUCCAGGUUCUGAGGGGGCAAACUCAGUAGUAGUCUCUGACUACUACGAGCAGUCCGAGAUGGAGGAUACCUACAGUUCUUCUGCACUAUCUGCUGAAGAUGAGGGUAACUCCGAAGAUGCAGACUAUUACUCGGAGUCCGAGUAG